GGGUUAUUUCGUGAUGUUAGUCGGAAUAUUUUGCCUAUAAUACACAUUUCGGAUCAAAUUAAUUAAUAUUUAGCGCGAUUUUAAUUCGGAAAGCGUAUUGGAUAUGCUGAAUAACAAUAACUUUGGGUCGUGAAGUUGGUUUUAUUUAGGGUGUAUAAAUUUUAAAAUGGGUUGCAAUACAAGUAAAGAAUCAGUCCCACAAAAUGAAGCAGGACAAAAUAAUGAAAAUAGAGAAACCGAAGAAAAAAGUGACAAAGAAGAUUCAAAACCUCCAUCGGCUAAAACGAUAACCCUCGAAAAGAGCAGCCCGACAAAAUUGGCAGAAGGUAAUAAUAGCAUAUCGCACAACACAAAAGAAGUUAAAAAAAUCGAAGAACUUAAUAGUUCGAAAGAAGGUCAACCGAUCGGUGAUAGUGGGACUGCGCAAAAAACCGACGAAGAAGCUGCAACGAAAAUACAAGCUGCGUUUAGGGGUCAUCGAACAAGGAAAACCAUGAAACAACCGGAAAAAUCGAACCCCUCCGAACCAGAGCCCACUAGAGAGGAACUGGAACAGGAAUUUAGAGCCGAUGACGUUGAACUAUGCCAGGCAGCUACCAAGAUCCAAGCUUCUUUCCGGGGUCAUAUGUCAAGAAAACAAGAUAAAAAGGAAGAUGAUAAUAAUGGCCACACCAGCAAAAAUGAGAAUCAGGAAGAAGAGUUGGACAUUGAUCUUGCUGAUCCGGAAUUGAACAAGGCGGCAGUAAAAAUACAAGCUUCCUUCAGAGGCCAUUUGGUUCGUAAGCAUGACGAUGAAGUACAAGAGAAUUAAACGUCAAAAUAUCCUAAUAACUAGUUUUCAUGUGUUUUACAAAAAACACAUAUUGUGAUCCUUCUUACCUACAUUUAUAAAAGUUUAACUUUUAUCAUUAAUGAAAUAUUCACAUUUGUUAAACGUAAAAUUAUACAUGAUUAAUAUUUCCGUGACCAUAUCACGAUCGGGGUUAAAUUUUUGGAAUAUUUCAUUAAUUUUCCUAUUCUAUGUAUACCUUACACUUUUUAUAUAUUAAAUGAAUUGGUAAAUAAAUCAUUUUAUUAACGAUAAAACAGGGUUGAUUCAAGAAUGUAUUAAAAGUAUGCAAACAUCUAUUUAUAUUAUGCCAUGUAUGCAAAUAUGAGCAUAUGUGGCAUAUUCUGGAUUCGUACAUGCCUAAAGAUCCUGCUUCAAUUAGCAGUGCAAUGAUCUAGAUUUUAAAUAUAUACAAAAUUGAGAACUUACCAACAACCUAAAAUAUCAAAUUAUUAGGGACCUGUUUUUCAGAACAAUUAUAGUCAAUAACAAUUACUUUCGUUAAAAAUACAGCUAAAAAAAAUUGUACUUUUCAUUUCAAUGAAAUAUGCAAAAUUAUUAUUUUUAACUUUACUCCUUACUAUGAUUUAAAUACAAGAAAUCCAUCUUCUGAAAUAUAUUAUAUAUUUACAAUAUAAAUUUUCAACAGUACUGCCCUGAGAAUUGAAAUUUCAUCCGGAUUAUAAAUUCGGUGUCCUAGAGGAGUAUAGGUACAACCUUCCUAAUAUUUACUGUUUAUGUUGUAAAUCUCCGAAAUUUAUAUUAGUCGUAAAUAACAAUAUGAAUACGUAUCACUCACACAAUUUUGAAUAACAUAUCAAUAUACAAACUCUACCCACAAUUUUUCACAUAUUUUUUUUCUUAUGUAGCUUUUAAUAGUCACUAUUAUUACUAAUAAUUAAUGUUUACAGUUGGUUUUCUUCUAAACCUUAAUCUGUGCAAUAAAGACUGUCUACACUACAAUUAAAUACUGUAUUAUUAAAUCCAUUCAUAUUGUCUAAAUCUAAUUUAAAAACGGAGUUACAAUUUAAACAGUAGUUUACACUACAUAUAAUGAGUAGAUUUUAAAAAUGAAUUAUUUAAAAUCAAUUGCCGUAUAGCAAAUAAUUUGCUUGUUGGUGAAUAAUGUCCCUCAUUGCCGCAAUCUUUGAUGCUGUAUAAAUUUGAUUUAAACAGUUUGAAAAUAUAAUUAAAAAAUUGAUAUUUGUUGAUCCCGUUUUGUUUGAGCAGACGUUCAAAGUCUUGACCACAUGUUCAUCAACUUGGCAAUAUAUGUUAAGUUAUAUCAUUGAGAUUUUGAAUGUUUGCGCUUCAUGUGUUUUUAGUGUUAGGCAUACGUUUAAUUAAAUCCAAAAAUUAAGUGGGAAUAUUCAUUUACCUAACUUCAAGUCGAAACACUUCAGUCAUAUUAUACCACAUUACUUGGUGUCGAAAAUAAUAUGAUUACAAUCCAAUUAUCACUUUUGUUUAAAAAUAAAUUAAAAUAAUCAUUUUCCAUAAAGUUUGGCAAAGAAUAAUCCGUACUUAAAUAUUUAUUGCAUGUAUAUAAAAUAAAUUCAUUGUCGAAGCAAAUUGUUUUUGUAAUUAUCUCAGAGACAGAUUUACCAUUACGCUUAAGUUUAGCAAAAAGUAAGUAUACCUUAUUAAAAUGUUAUACAAGAUGGUUAGAUAUUUAGGUAAUUUAUUGAUUUUUUUUAAAAUUAAAUCAUGAUUACAAACUAUUAGUUGUACAAAAGCGACAAACAUUUUGAUUAAUUUAAAUCUCACGCUGGAUAACAAACUAUUUCUAGUAUUGUCGGUGGAGUACAAACCAUUUUUCUUAUUAAUUUAUUUUAUAAAAAUUGAACCAGUAUACAGAACUGUAUAAAGACAAAUCGUGAUUUUAUUUUUAUAAAAUCUUGGAUUGUUAACUUUGAAAUGAAUUAGUCUGCUUCUAUUUAUAGGAUGCACCGUUUACCAGCACUGUGUACCUAAUGUAGUUAGUAAAUUAACUUAAUUAGUUCUAUGGUUAUUCGCACAAAAAACACUUGUAAAUAUAAUAAGAUUUUUAAUAGUUUAUAACCUAUUAUAUUGUUGAAAUAUCAGGAAGUUAAUAAAGGUAAUAAGCUCUCGUAAAAUUGUUCCGUGAAAUAAUGCAUACAAUUGAUUUAUAUUUGUGUUGAUAGUAACAACAACUAGUAGAUAGAAAUCUAAUUACGAAGACCCAUAGUAGAGCGGACAUUCGAAUUAUCCAGAUCCGGUUUUUGGCUUUAGUAUUUGACUUAAUCGUAUAUUAACAGUAAAUCCAUCUCUGAUGAUGUUAUAUUUUGUCUGUAAUGUAAUGUAUUGUUGAAUUUAAAUAUAUAGUACCUACCUUAAUUAAAAAUGCUAUCUGAAUAAAUAUUAGUAGAUCAA